AUGGCGUUCGCGGUCGUGGGGGAUGCGGCCGCGGUAACACAGCUCAUCGGGCAGGCGAUCGGGCUCGUCGCCAUGAUCAUCCGGGCGGUGGAGACGGCACACCAGAACAGGCUCGAGUGUGAGCGCCUCGCUUGCCGUGUGUCCACGGUCGACGGCGUGCUGUCUGACCUGCCGCGGGCCCAGGAGAUGGCGCCGCCGCUCAAGGUGCUGAACAACACGCUUGAGGAGGCGCACCGCAUGGUCAUCGCAUGCCAGAACCGGGGCGCCGCCAGCCACUUCUUCGGAUCCCGCCGCCACGCCGAUUGCUUCAAUCAAGUCAACAACAGGAUUACGUCCGACAUCGUCAUCCUCAACCUCAGCCUAAACAGCUUCAUGGCCCGGCGACACUUCAACCACGUCCUUCAUCCCAAUCACGUCGGCGUACCGACUGCGACAAUAGCCAUGGCGCCGCCGUGGCCAGGCUUCAGCUCUGGCUCCCUGCAGACUCAGCUGGUGGUGGUGUCGCAGCCGCAGGUAAGCUCGAUCUCCUUCGAUAACCCCAGGGCGCUCACGUGGUCGGAGAUUGCAGCGGCGACCAGCUUUGCCGUCGAGCUCGGCCGAGGCAACUCAGGAAGGGUAUACAAGGGCCGUCUCCAAUUCCAGUUCCACUUCCACCACGGCACGGAGGUGGCCGUGAAGGUGCUGGAAAAGCACAGGCGGCAGGGUGUGGAGGACGCGUUCAUGGCGGAGAGCAACAUCCUUUCCGGCCUCCGGCACGACCACAUCGUCCGCCUGCUCGGCUGGUGCGCGGAGCAGGAGUACCGCAUGCUGGUCUACGAGCAUAUGGGCAACGGCACGUUUAGAGACCACCUGCAGCACUUGGGCGGUGGCCCUAGCUCGUCGCCCGUGACGACGUCCUGGGAGACGCGCGUGGAGGUGCUGUUGGGCGUGGCCCGGGCCAUCGAGUACCUGCACCGCGGCGCGGAUCCGCUGGUCAUCCAUCGCAACGUCAGCUCGUCCAACGUCCUCCUUGACGCCAACUGGACACCGCGCCUGUCCGGCUUCGGCUCAGCGGUGUUUCAGGCUGCGGGUGUGGAGGAGCACGGCGGCCAGCUCGUCGAGGAGGUCGUCGGCACGCCCGGGUACAUAGACCCGGAGUACAGCGGCACGCACUGCGUGAGCACGGGGAGCGAUGUGUACAGCUUCGGGGUGGUGGUGCUGGAGGCGCUGACGGGGAGGCCGCCGGACAUCUACGGCGUCACGCUGGGCCUCCUCGUGGACUCCGCGCUCCCGAGCGUACACAACGGAAAGCUGCGGGAUGUGCUGGAUGGCCACCCGGCGCUGCAGCCGACGCCGCGUCAGCUGGAGGCGCUGGAUCUCGUGGCAUACACGGCGAGCCGCUGCCUGUGCCCGCGCGGGCAGAACCGGCGCCUGGCCAUGUCUGAUGUCGUGGCCAACCUACACAGGGCGCUCCAGAUCAUACGCAGCAAUUAG